AUGUCACAGGCAGAGGGCACUGCAGAAUACCCGUGGGAUGAGCCAGAGCCUGCGCAAGAGACGUUCAACGCUUUCGGGUCAGACGAUGACUCUGACGACGAGAUGCCACGCACGCCCGCCUCUCGCAGACCCAGAGUCGGCGGUAGUCAGGGGAGCGGUGCUCGUGGGGGCAAACGAAAGGCUGGCAGCGAGGCACCUCCGGGGGCUGGGUCGACAGCGGCGGCUGUCGGCGAAGGAAGUGCUGGGAACGGCGGCGGCAGCAGCAGCAGCCGUGACGAUAGCUUGAGAGUUUCGGGCACGGAGGCUGAGGACGGGGAGACGGAGGGCGGGAGAGAGGCGGGAAGAGAAGGAGACGAUCGGGAGAAGAGAGAGAGAGACAACGAUGACAGCAGCAGCACUACGACCACCGGGACAUCGGCUCUCCCCGCUGGCGACACGGACCUCGAGGACAAUAACAGAGCAGCGGUGGAGGCUCACGUCCAGAGGUGCCUAGAUGAAGACGAUGACGUUCAGGUAGUCGAUCCCCCCGGCACCGCCGCCGCAGCGCAAGGGAGGGGGAGCGGCGCGAGAGGGGCUGGUCCGUCGCAGGGGGCCGCUGGCAGUGGCAGCGGCUCCAGCGAAGGGCAGAGUGCCGCGGGAAACGGCAGCGGCCCCAGCGAAGGGCAGGGCGCUGCUGGCAGUGGCAGCGAUGCCGGCGAAGAGAAGUGCCUCGUGUGUGGCAAGCCGUUUCCGGUGGAGUCGCUGCAGAGCCACGUGAACCUCUGUUUGGACAACCAGAUCAAGGUGGAAGAGGAGAGGGAGAAGAAAGAGAGUCGGGCUAAGAGGCAAAGCAAGUCCGUCCUCCUCGUUUCUCGCCGGUACGAUCCCACGGGGACGCGUGCUCGAGGACCCCGCGUCAAGAGCGAGGACACCAAGGUCGACAUCAAACCCGAACCUUCGGACGCCGCCGCCGCCGCCCCCGCCGGAGGUGGUGCUGCCGUCGACAACGGCGCUCCGCCCGAGUGUAGUCCCAGUAAACCGUCAGACGGCGUCGAGCGGAAAAGAAGCGGGAGCGGCUCGGGGGCAGGAAGGGGCGGGGGCGCGGCGGGUAAGAGGAAAAAGGGGUCGGGGAGCGAUCGACCGAGGGCGCAGCAGCAGAAGGAGAAGGUUCAGGACAAGCCCGAGGGAAAGGGGAAGGGUCGGCUUUUGCCCCCCGGCGCCAGCGGGCGGGGGUUCAAGUGCCCCAAGAAGCCGAGAGGGUGCGGCGCGAUCAACACGGAGUCAAGCCAGAGGUGCUGCAAGUGCAACAUUCGCCUGUGGACGUUGGCCAAGCCCAACGGCGGCACGGGGCCCCCGGUGAGGUUUCGGGUAGACGACCUCGUCCGGUGGUGGGAGCUCCCCUACAUGGCGGUCCCAGGGAAGGACGGGAGGAAGCAGCAGUCCUGGGGACGCGGCAAGUGCGAGCACGUCGAGGCCGGGAGCGAGGUCAACUACAAGAACGGCAAGUGUCACUCCUGCCACGAGGCCAGGAAGGGCGGUGGCGGUAGUGACCCCAUGGAGGAGGAGGAGAAGCGCGUGGAGGACAAGAGCGUCAAGUGCGAAACCCCCGGAUGCGAUAGCGGCCAGUACGCGCUCGGCGUGUGCUGCGCCUGCUUCGACCGGCACCGGGAGCGGAUAGCAGCGAUUCGGACAGCGGCGAAGAAGAAGCGGCAGUUGCAGGAGAAAAAUCCCCCUCCUUGCCGAGCGUGCGAGGAAGCCUCGACUUCUACCAACGCCGUUCCCUCCCUGCAGGGACUUCUAUCGGAAACGCAGCACGCUGAGUGCGUGCGAAUCGCCAACGGGACCAAUUCUGGAGACGAUAACGCCUCGGUGGAUUCUCUGGACAACUCCGACACCGGCAGGUGCUCGGAGUGCGGAAUUGUCGGCGGCGAAGGACGUGACAACCAGCUGCUGCUGUGUGACGGCAAUGGCUGCCCCAUCGCCACGCAUAUGAAGUGCCUCGACCCCCCGCUAAACGAGGUCCCUCGAUGGCUGUGGUACUGCGAUGCCUGCGUGCUAGACAAGAACGCGGAGCUGUCGGAGAGGGGGUGCAACGCUUGCGGCAGCACGGAUGACGACGAGAAGAUCCUGCUCUGCGACGGCCCCGGGUGCAAUAGCAGCCGGUCGGACCAAAACGGCCCCACUGGUCCCCGAACAGGUUCUCGUGGGAAAGGCAGGCCGUCAGGGAAACGGAAGAGGGGCGGGAGGUUCAGCAACGGCGGGAGUGGGAGCGGGAACACGGGGGGGGCAUCGUCAAGGAAACGCUCAGCCCACGCUGCCUCCGACGCCGUUUCUCCCCCGCCGGACCUCUGCGACCACCCUGCUUGCCUCCUCGGCAGCGGCACCGAUGCUAGCACGGCCACCGUCUCGCGAGCCGGGGCUGCCGGGGGCUCCGCGGCUGAAUGCGGGGGUGGGGGGCUGGAGUUUCUGGCUCGGAAGGAGGUGGAGCACCAGCGGUGGCGGUGCAAGUCGGACAAGUGCCGGGGUAACUCUUACCACAUGAUGUGCCUCGAGACUCGCGCCGGGGGGGAGCCGCCGAAGGCGGGCCGAGACUCUCGUUCGGAAGGCGGCGGUGGUGAUGACGGCGGAACGGAGAUGCGUGGGACUACUGCGGCUCUAGCGACCGAGCGUCUUGCCGGCGAGGCGGAAGACGACGAGGACGACGACGACGACUCCAGCGGCAGCGAGGGCAACGUCCGCAACCUGCCGCCCGCUGGUGUCGGCGAGGAGUCGGGCGUCGUUCUCGAGAUUGGAGAAGCGGAUGCCGUCGGCAAGAGGUUGACGGCGAUCACAACCGCGGUAGCGGUGGCGGCCUCGAUCACGGGCAUGAAAGUCGUCGCCGUGGCGGGGGCGUCGUUACCGGUGGUGGCGGAAGCGGCGGCAACGGGGGUUGCGGCGAUGGAUGUGGGUCCGGUGAUUGGAUUGACAGCGGCGGCGGCGGCGGCGGCGGCAGCACCAGAAGAGGAGGAGUUGUGGGGUUGGAGGAGUGACUUCUUGUGUCCGGAGUGUGGAGGCGUUGUCGCUACCCAGGAAGAGGCAACCCUGGCGCAGCAACGAAUCGUGCGCUAUAGGACCUUCAAGGCUGCGCUGUCCAGAUCCUUCUUUUUUGAGUUCGGGAAAGAGAGUUUUUCUGGGCGCGCCAGUGUACACCUCUCGGUAUCUGUUUGA